AUGUAUCUCCAGGUCUUUUUGGGGCUUGUGACUGCCUCCCUAUGUAUAUCAUCGGCAUUGUCAUAUGGUACGAUUGUAGAAGUCUAUCCGUCGAUGUGUCCGGCUCUUCCAACUGGACCGGCCAUUCCGUCGACGCAAUACCUUUUGACAGUCCUUCCUGGACCAGUUGAUGUUAGUUCCAGAGUCGAAUCAAUAUACAUCACUGCAAAUGGUAGUACUACAGCCGAUUGCAGUGCAGGAGCACCGUUCACUUUGACAAACGGCCAGCUAUCCAGCAAUGGGCAUUUGGUUUCCACCACAGGACUCGUUCCCUUUUCAUCUUUGGCGGUUUCACCUUCCGUUGGCACGAUUUCGACAACGUUCUUGAUGGUCAAUGGCAGCCAUCUGGCCUGGAACAAUACAGCCUUCACGGGCGGCCAUGCGCUUUUCUGUAUCAUGGGAAACAUAGUGGAGACGGUAUUCAAUGGGCAGCUCCCUGCUGGAUGUGCUCAGAUCUAUAUAGGCUGGGUGCCCGUCAGCUCGUGUCCAACUUUCAACCCGUCCGCCUACGUCACUUCUCUCACUGCAAGCUUCACUGCAGGCUUCACUUCGAGUGGCAUUGCUACGAGCACUUUGCUCCCUCCCCCAACAGCUUCCGUGCCAGGUACCAUCCAAGGGGUCAACGUGACCGCCACUCCGCUAGGGUGUCUGAGCUCUACAGUCAAUUCCCCAGCAGUAUCCGCCAGUCUGCCCCCAAGAAGCGUCACAACCUUGGAACAAUGCGCAGACUCCUGCUCGAACUAUGUAUUUUUUGGUGUCCAGAGUGGUUUCUGUGUAUGCGGCAAUGCACUCUCGUCGUCUGCUGUCCCAGUCGCAGUCGGUAGUUGUAAUAUUGCCUGUACUGGAAACAGUGCGCAAAGCUGUGGCGGUGCUGCGGCGAUGGUAGUCUACAGCAUAGUUGGUCGAGCAGGCUCCAGUCUAACGAUGACCGGCAUGUCUACAAGCACCGGAACCAGCGCCACCGUCCGAGUCAGCUCUACAACGACUGCUACAACUUCAUCCAUGACUGGCUAUGUCACGUCGACGGGAGCCCCCAAUUGCUAUGACCGGUCGCCCUUCGAUCGCACUGUCAAUGACGGCUAUCUCAUUCUUUGUAACACAGCACUUCCCGGAUUUGAUAUCAUGAGCGCCAAUGGGACCAAUUUGGCGGAAUGCAUCGCACGCUGCAAUGAGUUCGGCUUUGGCAGUACCACACAACCAUGUGUUGCCGUCUCGUUCGAUAUAACUGCAUCAAGCAAUCAAUGUAGGCUCAAGAGCAAUAUCACCGUGGUUGAUGCAGGGGCCGACGAUCUCUCCGAAGCUGCUGUCCUCGUAGCUGGUCCUUAUGCCCCCAAUAUCACAUUUGCAAGCGUUGCCUUGACAGCGACCUCAACAACAGCAUCAACUGGCUUUUCUUCAUCAAAAGCUACCGUCUCCAGUACGCUUACAAACGGAGGUGGUGUCGGUUCCAACUCAGCCUCAACCUCUUUAAUCGGUAGCACUUCUACGUCACAGGGACCCCGUCCAACUGUCACAGAUCCCGUGGGCCCGCUAUGUCCUACGUACAAUGGUCAAAUUGUCAGGGUUGGAGGGAAUUUUUAUCAAGUCGAAUGCAGCACUGAGGUUAUAGGCCAAACACUUGAGGGCAAUGUCACGACUGCUGCUUCCCUCGCGGAAUGUGGAGGGUACUGCAAUCUUUUUAACCUGGCUGUCCCAUUUGGCUGCGUCGGUGUCACACUUUCGCUGUCGUCCGCCUCCAACAACUGCUUCCUCAAGAGCAGAAUCACGGGCACGCAAUACAGCGUGCAGAAUGAGAGCUUACGAUUAAUAUACCCUGGGUAUCCUUCGCCUACGGAUCCUAUCUUGACGGCUAGCUUAGCAACAAUGGGCUCCUCCAGCUCGGCUACCGGAACAAUCUCAACCAGAGGAACCACUAGCCAAACCUCGUCGUCUACUGGACCGACAGCGACCGCUCCACUCUGUCCGGCAUACAACUACCAGACCCUGUACUUUGCUUCUUACGGAGGAAGCUAUUAUGAGAUCGAGUGCUCCACCACCUUGGUGGAUACUGGCCUCGCUCCUGUCAUCGCCACCAGUUUGACAGACUGCAUCAACCAGUGUUCGUUCCUCAACGUGAACACGGAGUCUCCACAGUGCAUCGGCGUCACUUAUCGCAAUACUGCGCAAACUAGUCCACCGAGCAACAACUGCAAUCCUAAGGGCUCUAUCACGACAGUCGUGCGUGGAGUGGCAGAAGAUGACAGUGCAAGGUUGAUCUGGCAAGGAUAUCCGUCAGGAACCAAUCGUCCUACGUCUAUGAGCUCUACUAGCCAGACAUCUUCCGGUACUACUACUAGCAUGGCAUCAAGCACGACGUCAACUUCCGCAACAGGAACGAUGUCGUCGACAGUGCCUUCUCCGACAGGUUCAGUAUGUCCUACCUACGACUUCCAGAUCAUCCAAGCCGGUAGUCAAAUGUAUGAAGUGGAAUGCAGCUACGAGCUCUUGGGGCGUGACAUUGGUCUCCCAUAUUCUCCAUAUCCUGUUGUCCAGACUUAUCAACAAUGUUUAGCAGCAUGCAAUUAUUGGAAUGAAAAUACGGCCACUCCAUGUAUUGCGGCUAACUUCCUGGCCAGCGAGAAUGCAUGCUACCUGAAAGAUACCAUCACUGGUCGGAGGGCGAGCUCAACAUUCAAUGCAGGCCGUCUAAUAUACUCGGCAUACCCCAGCAUUACCGAUGCACCGAGCAGCAGCUCUGCUACCACAUUGACCGUGUCGAGCUCCUCGUCGACGAGUACAGUGUCUUCUUCCAGGUCUAUCUCGACCACCUCGAGUGGGCCUCUGGUUUCCAGUUCGGCGGGCAGCAAUUCUAUCUCAGGUUCUUCCAUACCCGGAUCAACACCAGCCGCAAGUGCAGCAGUCUAUCCAACCGAGCCAGUAUGUCCAAGCAACAACGGUGGCCAGCUGACAUCUCAAGGCAGCAAUCUCUACGACAUUGAAUGCAAUGUGGAUCUCCGUUAUUCAGAGAGUGACCUUGCCUCAACUGGAGUUUCCUACGCAGCCACAUUCAGUGCCUGCGCUGCAAUAUGCGAUCAGUACAAUCUCAAUAUCGGCGCUCGAAGCUGUCGCGGCUUCACUUGGGACUCAACCUCCACCAGCACUACAGCCACAAACUGCGUCCUGAAAUCAGCUGCCAUCCAAACCUCCACAGCCAAUACCGCCAACAUCGUUGGCGUCCACUCCGGCCGAUUCCUCGGCCCCUGGCCCAGCGCCAAUCAGGUCAUCCUCUCGAGGCCCAUCCCCCUCGUAACCAACACCCUCUACAGCGGCUACGACAUCGGAAACUGCUAUGCCCCGCUUUCCGCUCCCGGGGGCCUAGACUGGCAAAUCACGAAUUUCAGCUCGCCCACCCUCUAUGUUGGGAACUUAGGCUUCGUCUCCCUCUCGGACACCAACCUCAACACCUCCAGAGGCCUUGGCUCCCUCUCCGGCCUCGAAAACAACAAUGAUGCACCCUACGCGCUGCCCUCAUCCGUGCUCCCCAUAUGGGCCGUUGCCCUGUACUGGUCGCGCGGCCUCGCAUUGCUGAGCACCCAGCAAGGAAUCUACUACCAGAUCGACACCAUCGAGCCAGGCCGAUACUACAUCAGCAUCGAAUUCUACUACAUCCGCUUCCUGACCAACAACGACCGCUUCCACUGGAUGACCACGUACGACACGGGCAACCCGGCGGUGUGGACGUCGUAUUUCUUCGAGAGCGGAGAAGCCGCCAAUCAGGGCGCGUUUGAGACGGUCGGGCAUCAGGGCACGAGGAACGUACCGGGCCAGUUCGAGGCGGUCAUCGCGGCCAGCUACGAGAACGGCGUGCAGGGGAGCGUGCUGCCGGGAGACAGGAUCGUCUUCAACACCAAUCCCGGCGUCAAUACCGUGGUACGCACGCCCGCCGCGUUCAAUGUCGCCGGCUACUCCGUCCCCGGCACAUGGAGUUAUAGCAACUCGCCCAUCUAG